CUAUACAUCUGGCCACGCUGCUCUUCGCCAUCGGGGAGAGCCAAAGCCUCAUCCGCUCUUCUUCCCAUCAAAUAAGCAGCCUUCUCUGUUUUCAUCUUCUCAAUGGCCAGUUCUUCUGGCAUGAAAUCGGCCGUGAAAGCUAGUUUAUCAGGUAAGCGAAAGCGAGAGCCAAAAUAUGAGUGUGAGACCAACUGGACUUUGAGGAAACAUAAGGAGAGAUCUGAGGAGAAGGAGACAACACACGGAUUUGCUGAUAAUCUCCAGGAGGUCAAAGGAAGGGUCGAAAGCUUGGAGUUAAAAUCUGAGGCUAGUUUAAUUCCAGUCAAGGAGACAGUGGAAGAACUUGAUGAAACUCCCCACUUUGUUGAGGGGGUUGCCGAAAGAAAAAAGACGCUCAUUAUUGACAAUCUCUCUUUCCUAACUAAAAUAGCAGACAUGAUCAAUUUCUUCAAAGAUGAUGGAAAAGUUGUUUGUGUUCGAAGAUUUAUGGACAUCAAAGGCAAAGCACUUGCUUUUGGCUCUGUUGAGUUUGCUUCUGCUAACGAAGCAAAGAAGACACAGGAAAAAAAGAAUGGUAAAUAUUUGCAGGAUAAGAGGAUUACUCUUGGUUUGGCUGAGAUAACUCCAUACCCCGAGAGACCCAGGUUUUGCAGAGAAUACAAUGUUUGGUAUAAAGACUACUCUACACGAGAAUGCUUUUCUGUAGAAGAAGGGAAGAUACCUCCCCAUUUUUUUGAGGCAAUUGCAGCAAGAGAGCAGACGAUCUUUAUCGCCAAUCUCUCUCCCCAAUCUAAAAUUUCAGAUAUCAAGAGGUUCUUCGAAGAUGUUGGAGAAGUUUUUGGUGUUCGACUUGUUGUAAACCACGAGGGUAAGCAUGUUGGUUAUGGCUUUGUUGACUUUGCUGAUGCUUACGAUGCAAAGAAGGCACUAGAAAAAAAGAAUGGUGAGUAUUUGAACGAUCAUAAGAUUUUUCUUGAUGGGCCUAAGACAGCUUCAUACUCUCCACGAUCCAAGUACAGCCUUGCAGAGAAGCUUUGGUACGAAGACUACCUUAUACAAAAAAGCCUUUGGAUGCAAAAAUAUGAGACACUGGAUGGACGUGAUGAAAAUCCCAAUCAUGUUGAGGCAGCUGCCUUAAGUAAAAAGAUGCUCUUUAUUGACAAUCUGUCUUGCGAAACUAAAAUAUCCGACAUCAUCAAUUUCUUCAAAGAUGUUGCAGAAGUUGUUCAUGUUCGACUUAUUGCCAGCGAAAAUGGUAGGCUUGAGGGCUAUGGUUAUGUUGAGUUUGCUUCUGCUGACGAAACAAAGAAGGCGCAGGAAAAGAAGAAUGGUGAAUGUUUGCACAGUAAUCAGAUUACUCUUGGUGGGGCUGAGAUAGCUCCAGACCCUGAAUCAUGCAUGUACGAAGACUACCUUCGAGGAGAAGGCCUUCUGAUAGCAGAAGAAGAAGAAGAUGAAGCGGCAGUUGAAGGACUUGAUGAUUAUAUGGAGGAAGUUUCUGCGAGAAAAAAGACGAUCUUUAUGAGCGGUCUCCCUUCGUAUGUUAAAACAUCUAUGAUCGUUUCUUUCUUCCAAAUUGUUGGAGAAGUUAGUGUUCGAUUAAUUGUAGAUUACGAGGGUCAGCCUGUGGGAUGUUGCUUUGCCAAGUUUGCUUCUGAUUUUGAAGCAAGGAAGGCACUGGGAAUUAGCGAACUAAGAAGAAAAAUGUUCCCUGGUCCUAUUUUUCUUGACGUGGCUGAGAUUGCUCCAUACCCUCUCCGACCCAAGUACAACCUUGCAGAGAAGCUUUGGUACGAGGACUACUUACCACAAGAAAGGCUUUGGAUAGAAGAAGAAAAACGGAAGAAAACAUUUUGUGGUAAGAAGAUUACCUUCUCUUACGGCGACGAUUGAUUGAAGAUGAAUCCCGGUGAUGUUCUUAACUUAUUAAUUGUCUGAGUGUAUGUAUAUUAAAUUAUGCUUUAUUUUGAAUGUUUUGGUGUUGAAUCAUUAUAUGCCUUGUUUAAUUUGGUUAACAAAUUCAUGAUGUCUAC